GCUCAAAAUUUCCGAUUUGCUCUGUAACUCCUGGUAACCUAAUAAACGGUAUAGCAAGCGCAGAACAGUUUAAACAAGGAACUUGCCAAACUUCAAACUGAUUAAAUUAAUCUGGAAAAGAUAAAGAAUUAUCGGUGAUCAACUUCACGACGUUUAUAUAUGCGUAUAUGUAUAUAUAGACUCACGAAUUAUAACGAUCUCAUUUGUUUGUAUUGUGUUGUCGGGAUAAAUAACAUACUUCAUGGAAAGUAUACCCUACUCGAUUGUUGUUCCUAUUCAUAUCCUCAAUUAUAUAACGAGGGUUUCACUGGUACAGAGAUUUAACAAUCCCUAUCGAUCAUUUCUGAUUAAUGUGCGUUUUUUUGCUUAAUGCAUGGCACUAACUCAUCAUCACAAAUUAUAAUAAUCCUGCUCUAAAGCGUUUACGCAAUUCUGGCCCCACCAACUUUUUGUUAUCGCAUUUUUGUCAUUGCCAAUGUUUAAUUUCAAUGUGACUGGUUUCCUGUUAGCCUCUAUGCGUCCGAUUUUUUCUAGGCGGAGAGACGUCCUGUACAUGAAUGAAUACCAUCACGUGUGUGGAAAAUGACUGUGGAUGGAAAAAGUCUCCAUUCACCAAACGCACAAGCUUUGAAGCUUUCUUUAAUUCAUCCUAUCAGCGUUUGUCGCUCUGGCCUCAUUCAAGUGCUGUGCUGCAGCCGCUAUUAGAGCGUCGUUCCUCGGGACGUACCAUACUGUGGUACGCAGUUUUAGCGGCGGGCGGAGCGAUACAUGUGAGCCGGUUCCCCGGGCAAAAUGGCGCGGGUAGGUAGGCGACUGCUAUUCGCUCGAAGUUUUAAAGCAGAGUGAUGGCGGGUUCGGCGGCGGCGGCAGCGGUUACGGUGGCAGUGGUAGCACUCGUCAUAGCAGUAGCAACAGCAGUGGCCGGCGAGAUCGGUGCUCAUAGUGGCGAUCGGUGGAACUACAUCGAAGACAGAAACAGAGAGACGUUGAGAAAACGACCGGUAGGGCCUACUGCAACGACGAAACUUGCUUCUUGUCAGUGAACAGUGUGCCCCUCAAGCGAGCAACUAAUCCAGCAACAACUGCGGCCACAACAACUAUAACGAAGCAAUCCUAACAGUAACGGCCCUUGCUGGCGAUCAGUUGCCCCACGGGCAGCUGCAGUAAACACAGCAGCCGAACGAAGAGAGGGAGAAAAAGCCAGGCAGACACGCAUUUGCGCACGCAAAUAUCCACACCGAAACGUAACUGCAAGCAAUAGUUUCCAAUCGUAGUCUGCAACAGUUUGCCGGUUGGUGACAGCAACACUGCCGCCGAGUCUAUUGCGAAGUGUGUGCUUGGGGGCAUUCAUCGUAGCAUGUAAGCUGUGAUGACGGGCGACGUAAAAUGUGUUUUUGCUGGUAGCUCGAGCAGCAACAGCUCAAGUCGUUGCAGUAGAAACAGUGACAACGGCUGCGGCAGCCCUUGGUGACGGUGAUUAGCGCAAGGCGGUUUUUCGCUGGUGGCUGUUUCGCCGCUGAUUUCCGCUUCUGUCGUUGUCGCUGUUGUUGCCGUUGUUGUCGUUGUUGUCUAGAGUGUUCUGUGCCGUUGAGCUGCGUUAAUUCGUUUUUGCGCCUCGGCCAAGAGCGCUGCGUCGAGUUUACCGUUGCCAACUGGUCAGCGGCGCCUGCAGAGGGCUAGCAAUCGUCUGAUCGUUGACCAACACACAACGCUGCAUGUUCAUGUAAUAGUCAGCAAAGCGCAUGUUAAUGUGGAUGAAGUUAAUUGCUGGCACAACAAUAUAUGGUCUCUCCUGCCUGCUGACCGUUAGCUGCGUGAGGGUACGUCGGUGUGGAGGAGUCAGUCGUGGGUCUUCUGUCGUUUUGUUGUUGUUGUUGUCAUCGCUUGCUCGCUUGUUGACCGCUUGAGAAAAACGCCAAAAAAGCAGCAGAACUUAUUGAACAUAGGUUACGAGUGAAUGUUGAAGGUUGUUCCCCACAGUAUGAUGGUGUGAAGGCCGUUGUGAGAUAUCAUCGGUACUCAGCAGAGGAGAAAGGGCGAAAGAAGAGGUGCUGUUCAGUUAUUCGUCGCUCACAUUGGCCACCGUCGUUCCAUCAGCUCGACGAACAUCCGUAGAGAUCGGGUAGCAACGAAAAGUAAGAAAAUCGUUAAACGGUAAACAGUAUAAACGAUUUACACUACCGUUACGAUUGCUGUCCCCGUGGCCAAUUCUACUUCUACUGAACGUCUACUGAAAUAAAGCUGUGUGGCUUUUGUGAGUACUUUUCAUUUGCAUUUUGCCUUCCUUCUACCCGUUGUGUACGGGUUCGUUGCCUUUAUCAUAUGACUAUCCCGCUACCGUAACUACUCCAACGAACAUCCCCUUCAACCUCCACGGCUAUUACUCGUUGGAAAAGCUUUAUCGGCUACAACAGCAUAGGCCGUUGCACUGCAGCCUCGCGCAUUGCUGUUUAUUAGUAAAGCAACAGCAAAAAGGAAAAAAACGACAACGACGGCUGUUUCGAACAAAACAAAAAGUACGGGACUGUUCUUUCCCAAGUUAGCAGUCUCGGCCAGUAGUGACAGAACGAGAAGGAAUAGGAAGUUUCGUUUUUUAGAAGAUUAAAGAUUUAGCUGUUAUUUUUCGGACUGGAGUCGGCACAACGUGACCUAUCGAGUCGCUCAGCGGUAUCAGGAGACCAUCACCCGGCAGAUACUGGACACGAACGAAGUGUAGUUUCGCGAUUUGCUAAAACUACGAAUUCAGCAAAUCAAACAGCAACAAUGACAAAGAAAAACGAAUAUCUCAACAGGCUAUAAGAAAAAACAAUUCUAUUAGACUUGUUGAAUUAAUUGUAGAACAAGGGCUGAAGAUUAUAUGAUUCUCCAAUAAUAUAGAAAACAACACCAAUGGUAAAUUGAAAGAUCCAUCUCUCAUUAAAACCCAACGAAAUUAUCUAAGAUAACAGUGAGAACCGUCUCGUUCGAUAAAUUCCACAUUGCUUUGUUGUAAAAGACGAAUCAACGACUGAACAGAACAUAUUAUUUGAUGCUCCUCGUCCAUCACCAUAAUACAAAACGUAACUGCACAAUGUAACCGGUCAAUUACGGAAGGCAACAAUAAGAAUCAGCAGUAUAUUUACUUAAGAACAUAUAUGCAAGUGCGUGUGUCUGGAAGGGAAAACAAACGAAUGUUCUAAUCGGUCUCUCAUACCAUCUGAGUGUCUAAUUAUACUUCAGCAAGUUGGCAACGAGAAACAUAAUUUCACUUAGGGUAACCGUACUCUUCAAUAUACAUCAAAGCUGUGACAGCCAGCAGCAAACUAAUAUCCCCUAGACAACAGCAACGAUGGGUUGUGCGGUGAGCAGCGUGGACAAACAAGCGGCGGAGCGUUCGAAAAAAAUUGAUAAAGACCUCAGAGAGGACGGUGAACGACAAGCGCGAGAAGUGAAAUUGCUGCUUUUGGGCGCUGGCGAGUCGGGUAAAAGCACAAUAGUAAAGCAAAUGAAAAUUAUCCAUGAACAGGGUUACACAAUCGAGGAGUGCAAGCUCUAUCGUCCAGUGGUGCACUCGAACACAAUCCAGUCAUUGGUUGCCAUUCUUCGCGGCAUGGCGCAACUCAGGAUCGACUUCCGGGACCCCGCACGCGAGGACGACGCCCGUCAGUUUUCAAGCAUCGCAGGUGCGCCAAUGGUGGGCGACUGUGAAAUCGGACCCGAACUGAGCGUUAUGAUGCAGCGGCUGUGGCGAGACGAAGGACUCCAGCUCUGCUUUCAAAGAUCUCGUGAAUACCAACUCAAUGAUUCUGCAGCCUACUAUCUGAACGCACUCGAACGCAUUUCACAGCGCAACUAUAUCCCGACCCAGCAAGAUGUCCUGCGAACGCGCGUCAAAACAACGGGAAUCGUAGAGACGCAUUUCGUUUUCAAAGGGCUUCACUUCAAGAUGUUUGACGUCGGCGGCCAACGCUCUGAGCGCAAGAAAUGGAUCCACUGUUUCGAGGGGGUUACUGCCAUUAUCUUUUGCGUGGCUCUAUCAGGGUAUGACUUGGUUCUUGCCGAGGAUGACCAAAUGAACCGCAUGGUCGAAUCAAUGCGACUGUUCGAUUCAAUUUGUAACAACAAAUGGUUUACACACACCUCAAUCAUCCUGUUCCUGAACAAGAAGGAUCUCUUCGAGGAAAAAAUCACUCGUUCUCCACUCACGAUUUGCUUUCCCGAGUACACGGGAGCGAAUCAGUACGAUGAAGCUGCCGCCUACAUCCAGAUGCAUUUCGAACGGCUCAAUAAGCGACAGGACACCAAAGAGGUGUACACGCAUUUUACGUGUGCGACGGACACAUCGAAUAUCCAGUUUGUAUUUGACGCUGUAACGGACGUUAUCAUUAAGAACAAUCUUAAGGACUGCGGCCUGUUCUAAGAGGCGGCUCGUAUGAAGGAUUCAGAGCUACGAUCAUAAUCAUAACCAGAACGUCAACAACAACGAGAAUAAGGGCUGCCAUUUUGAAUAGAUGAAGAGGUUAGAACUAUUUCCAUAGCUAGCACUUCUUCAACAAUGACAACGAAGGAUAUUCAAUUAACUGUCAACAACAAAACGCGGGAGCAGUAACGCCUCAAUUGAUUAAAUGAAAAUGAGAAAGGUAAUCGCAGAAAGUACAAAUGGUCAAACCUUUCAUUUAUUCUUCAUUCCCCGGAUUUGACAAUCUGAACCCUCUGUUCAUUUGGUUAAAUCACCUGUUGCAGGUGGAAAAAAAAUUGGUGCGCCCGAGGUUGAUCGACAGACCGGACCGACCCUUCGAUAAACAAGUGAUUUAUUUAUGUGUAAUGCAGGCUUACUAGCAGUUGAGUCAUCAUUAAAAAAUGUGCUUUGAUCCUAGAAACUUGUACCAACUAAUCGUAUUAGAGAUAACAAUAACUUACAAAUUAAGGCGUAUCGUUGAUUUUCGAAGGAACUUAUAGAGAUUCUGCGAAACUCAGGAUGUGUAUACAUAGCUGGCAAUGCUCGCAUUUACUAGCUGCAGCUCUUUCUGUGUCUAGUCGAAUACCUGCAGCGGCCUUUUAACGGACAAACGAGAUACACACGUACCGUUUACUGAUAAGCGCAAUACGGCAUGCUAGAGGAAGCGUGUUAUUAUGGGUAAAAAAAAACACUAGAUUUGGAUCUAACUUGAAUGAGUCGCACUUUGCCGUAAGCAUAAUUCUUGGAUUUUUUAAGCGAUUGGCGCCACAGGAAAAAGCGUUUGAUAUCGACUGUCAUCGUCAUCAGAGCUUGAGACAGUGAUGAUGAAUAUACGUUGAUUAAUUGGAGUGAAAUAAUCGAAUGGAAUAUCAAUAAUCAUUGACAGGGCCUAAUUCGCAGAUCUGCCUGGACGAGUAUGGUGCUCAUCCAUACAUUGACUCAUCGUCCGGCUUUUGAGUGUGCCAUUUUUGAUGUCUGCUAAUAUAUAUAAACACAUCCCCCUAAUCUACAUAUGUGUAUAUGUAUGUAAUGUUCUGCCUUAACCAUAAAGAUCCGUGCAUACAUCGACAACAGAACAACAUAUAAUAAACUAAUCUUGAUUCACUUGAAAGCACAGCCAACUUUUGCAAUACCACUAAAUAGUUUACGAGAUUGAAGAUUGCGGCAAAGAGGAUGUGGAAGACAUCUAGGUACACAGUAAAGAUUAUCAUACUGUGAAAAGAGACGAUACUUACAUCCGUCGAAAACGAUGUUACGAAGAAAAAUAAGGACUUGAUUUCGAUAUUGUAUUAUAUGGUAUCUGAAUUCUGAAGAUUAAGACCAGUCGCCAAUAGGGAGAAAUAAAGGAUCGGAUACCCCUUGUUGAAGAGGUUCCGCCGGUUACCUUGCUGGUCAGUUGUCAGAGGCAUCUAUAAUUAGCUAUGAAAUGUGGAUAGCUUUGACGAGCUUCGGGCCUCCGAUAGGUGUAUGAUCUUUUCGCAUUACAAUUCGUAGUGAAGAUUGACUGUAGUACGAAUCCUUCUGUGAGGUUGGCUUGUCGCUUGUGAGUGCCACUCCCUCUCGUUGCACCCACCGUUUGAAAUAAUAAUAACAUUGAUUAUAUUAUGACGUUACUAUUUAGGCAAGUAACGAUGGAAACGUUGCCGCCAUAGCAUUGCUGUAAGAAAUUUCUACGAACAAAAUGAUGACAACAGGAAGAGAAAAUGAAGGACAAGAGCUAUAUAGCGUAUGGUAAACGAUUAUUGUACGUUAAACAUUCCUAUAGUCACACUGGCACGUGAUGCUGGAUGCUCUUAAAAAGACGUGUCUGAAACAUUAGGACAAAAUCGUCUAUAACAGCCUCUAAUAUUGUUGACGACAAACUGGAUGCACUGAAGUAUUAUGGGUGAGCAAACGAACAGAUGAUGUGAAAACACUGAAUAGUGGACAUUUCCGAGAAAAGAAAUAAGAAAACCUCUAAGCUUAGUAGAACGAAACGUAUGUAUAGCCAGUCAAUACAGAGUGGCAUGAGCACGUUUUUCGCCAGUGAAAUUUUGGCCAAUUUCCCCCGACCGUAGGGCAUUUUAGUUCGGUUGAUACGAAUGUAAGCUGACGAAAAAAAUUAUCAUCUACAGUGCGGAUUAGCUGUGAGAAUAUAAUUGCAGCUGAACUUUUCCUGUAGACUAAUUUAA